AUCAUAUCUUCAUUAUCCUAUUUAGGUUUAUAGUCAAUAAUAUACAUUUAUAGGCACAAAGUUAGUAAUAUUUAUAACCCUUAAAGCUUUACAAUCAUUCAUUACCUCUUCUUCUUCUUCUUCUUCUUCUUCUUGCUUCAUUUUCAUGGCGAUCAAUAUGGAAGAAAGAAGACAGUUAUUAACAUCAAGUGAAUGGCCAACCAGAGGAACCAUUCUUUAUCAUCAUCUUCAACAAUCCGAAACCAAAACCAUGACAGAAUUGAAAACAGAGACUUCCGAAAUUAUCCCUGUAAUCUACUACCUCACUCGACAUGGCCAACUCCAGCAUCCUCAUUUGCUUGAAGUUCCUCUUUCUUCUUCCAACGGACUCUUCCUCAAAGAUGUGAUCAAACGACUGGAUAUCCUCCGAGGAGAAGGCUUUUCCAGAUUGUAUUCAUGGUCUUCGAAGCGGCAGUACAAGAAUGGAUAUGUAUGGCAAGACCUAUCGGACGACGAUUCGAUACAUCCAUCUCAAGGCCGGGAGUACAUUCUCAAAGGAUCGGAAGUGCAAUUGCUAGAGGCAUCUUCGAGUUUUCGAUCUUGUGAAACGUCAUCGUCAUUUUCGGAGUCGAAAUUUUCUUCAGAGACGAACAAUUCGAGCACGGAUUCGAAGGUUGCGGUCGCGGGGAAUAGAAGCAAUCAGUCGUGGAAUUCGGUGGAAGAUAUUUGCCGGAACGUAGUGUACAAGGCGAGAAUCUCCGGCGAAGGCGGGACGAACGCGGCGACGCAGACCGGUGAGAGGCGACGGAGAUGGACGGACAGCGUAGCGGCGGAAGAAUGCGGGGGAGAGGGAGUUUCAAAUUCUGGAGUGGGAAGAAGGGAGAGGAUGAAGUCUGUGGAUUGUGAUGGAGCGGCGGAUUUGAGGGAUCGGACGGGUGGGAAGAGUAAGAGGUGGAAAGCAGCAACGGUUGUGAUGCAGUUGAUGAAGUGUAACAUCCAAAAUUAAAUGUUAGAUAUGUGUCGUCCAUUGGAUAAAUAAGAAAACUUUAUCUUAAGAUUAAGAGGACCUUGUCACUAACCACUCUUCCAUACAUGUCACUAGGAACAACAUAUGUGUCCUUAAUGUAUUUUCCAAUCAAGAUACUAAUGGUAUCACAGUCGGUUUGAACCAUAUGAACCAAAGAAUCUAUUGUUUGCGUCCUAAAUCUCCCCAAAAAUAAUCAUUAUCUUGUCCACCUUCUUAGUAAAAAUGUACUUAAUGAUUUAGUGCCAAUGUUUUA